UGGAAAAAGGACAGCAGAACAGAUGGUAAGGCUUAAAGAUCCUCAAUUACUUGCCACAUUUGAUCACCGUCCAACAAAGUAUGUGGUUUUCUCAGAGUUUACAAACAUAAACUAAUUGUAGCCUGGCUGUGAUUGCCUAGUUCUCAAUCUCUCACUCAUGCUUUACUGUAAACCCGGUUUUUAAAGUUUGAUAAUUUCAACCAUGAUUACUUUAAUUAUGUGUAGAAGCAUGUUAUUGAGUAAUGAGAAGAGUUAGAAAUGCCUGUACCAUAUGUACAAUGACUUUCACACACUUAACAGACUGGUUGUGACUGGUAUGUGGUUUGCUCUCUAGUUAGAGUUUUAAAAUUGUAGAAACAGAGAGGUUAAUUCAAAUCUCAACAGCUUAGGCAAGUGAAAUCCACCUUUACCAGACUUAACCCUGCUGUCAGAGGUAACAGCCUAAGUCCUUCUCCACCCACUGUGUUAUCUCAUCCCCCCUCUUCUCCCUGCUCUCUGCUACAAGUCAGAUUUGGUAACCUCUACUUUAGACAGACAAUUCCACCCAUUCUUGAAGACAACCAUUUUGCUGAAAGAAGAAAAAAUCUCAUUCAUUUUGAGAGUCUUUGGCUCAGCCUUUGAGAGAGAGCCCCUGCUUGUGACAUCAAGGUCUUGCUCGUGCAUCCAGAUCCAGCAAUGGGAAACUCCAAGAGCGGUGCCAUGUCCAAGGAGAUCCUAAAAGACCUGAAGCUAACAACUAAUUUUUCAGAGAACGAGCUCUGCCAGUGGUAUGAGAACUUCCAGAAACAAUGCCCAUCUGGACGCAUCUCACCAGAUGACUUUGAGAAGAUCUAUGAACGCUUCUUUCCUGACAGCGAUGCCACUACGUACGCCAAGCAUGUCUUUCGAUCAUUUGACACAAAUGACGACGGGACGCUAGACUUCAAGGAGUACAUAAUUGCUCUGCACAUGACAUCUGGUGGAAAAACAGAGAGGAAGUUGGAGUGGGCUUUCUCACUAUUUGAUGUCGACAAGAAUGGCUAUAUCACCAAGGCAGAAGUAUCAGAAAUCUGCCAUGCCAUUUUUAAGAUGAUUCCCAAGGAAGACCAAGAGAAGCUUCCAGCAGAUGAAAACACACCAGAGAAGAGAGCAGACAAACUGUGGGCAUAUUUUAACAAAAAAGACAAUGAGCGGUUGGCUGAGGGGGAGUUUAUUCAGGGGGUGAUGGAUAACGAUAAUGCCCUCCACCUGAUCCAGUACGAGCCCGUCAAAUAAACAAACAGAAAAGCUGGACGCAUCUGGGGCCUCCAGUUACUUUCUAAAUAAUAUUAUUUGCUAUUUCCUUAAUGCUGGCAGUUGAGCUGAAAGGGUGUGCAUUCAGUUAUGUAAUACACACUAGUACUGCACUCCUAAACAGUUUAAACAUAUAUUCACAAUGCAACCAGAUAUUCAAAAUGAAUAACUAUUACAAUAAGAAGUACUUUUUUGGACCAGGAUGUUUAUUGGACAAUUUGGCUAGAAAGGCAUUUCAUUUCAAUGUUUUCUAUAAAGAGACCAGUGGAAUUUAUUAUUUAUUAUAUUAGCUUUCUAAGGGAGAUUUGUAGCAAUGCAAUCUGUUGUAUAUUGACCACCAGUGCCACCAGGAGGAGGCAGCAGUUUGAAGGUUAGUGAAGUAGGCAUUUAAAUAUUUGUGUCUGUCUCAUUGUUUCUGAUGGAAUAAAAUUUUAAGAAAGUGAGAA